UUUUGACCAUGAGAAUUGUUAUUCAGAAGGUCAAACGUGCUUCUGUGACGGUGGAUUCAGAGAUCGUCUCUUCUAUUGAGAAGGGCCUUCUCCUCCUUGUGGGUAUCUCAACUGAUGAUAACGAGAGAAUUGUUGAUGCAAUGGCAUCUAAAGUUGCCAAACUGAGGAUGUUUGAAGACGAAGAAGGCAAAAACUUGUGGAAGAGCACAACUAGACAGGCCAAUGGCCAAAUCUUAUCAGUGUCUCAAUUCACAUUGAUGGCCAAUACAAAGAAAGGCACGAAGCCGGAUCUCCAUAAGGCUGCAAAGGGUAUGUACAUGGCUUGUAGAAUUGCAUUUUGAAACCCAUAUUCUUAUACUAACACCGAGCCAGGCCCACAAGCCCAACCACUGUAUGAGCUUUUUCU